AUGGUACAAGACAACAGCAAUAAUGAGAAUACAACCAUCACACACUCGGAUACAGAGAUUACUGUCAUUGGAGGACAAGCCCUGUCUGAUGAACAACAGGAGAAGCAGGAAAAGACCCAAAUGCCAGAACCUGUUUAUAUGCAUAAAUCAUCAGAUUUCAUGUAUAAUAAAUCGGCAGCAACCAUAUCAACACGUCAACUUGGUUGCAUGUCAAAUUACAGCCUUGAGAUGCACCCUCGUAUCAUCACUAAAGAUGCAUCUUACUCUUUUAUUUGGCUUGAUGAACAAUACAAGAACAUUGAAACCUCAGAUAUGGCUGCUGCUGCUACAGCGAAACGGCAUUUUUUCCAUACGCGAGGGUUCUGUAACCUGUUUACUAUACUGUUCAUCAUUGCCAUCAUCCUGUUCUUGUUCAUCUAUCCGUUUGCUACCUUUUUUUUCAAAUGA